AUGCUACGUCUUGACGGCAAAGUCGCCCUUAUCACCGGCCUCGGCCAGACCACCGACGAAGGCUGGGGUAUCGGUGCCGCCAUCGCCAUGAAACUCUCCCAGCAAGGCGCAAUUAUUUUCGGAGGCAAUCGCACAUUAUCCAGUGCCGAAAGAACAAAAGCCCGAAUUGAAAAGGAGGGCGGAACAUGCGAAGUCCAAGAAACAAACGUCACAGAUUCCACAUCCGUCAAAGCUCUCGUGGAUAGCUGCAUGCAACGCCACGGGCGCAUCGACAUCCUGAUCAACAACGUGGGAAAAUCCGAGCCAGGUGGCCCAGCCGAACUAAGCGAGGAAACGUGGGACCAACAAGUUGAUCUGAACCUGAAAAGCGUCUAUCUGACGAGUCAUUUUGUGCUUCCUAUUAUGGAGAAGCAGGAGACGGGCGGCACGGUGAUAAAUGUGUCGAGCAUUGCAGGGCUGCGGUAUAUCGGGAAGCCGCAGGUUGCAUAUUCGGCUACGAAAGCGGCCAUUAUGCAGUUCACGAAGGCCACGGCGGUGAUAUAUGCGGGGAAGGGAGUGAGGUUGAAUACUGUUGUUCCUGGGCUGAUUCAUACGCCGUACACUCGUGACCUUGCGAAGCGGUAUGCUCCUGGGGGUGAUGAAGAGGCGUAUAUGAAGAAGCGCGAUGUACAGGUGCCAAUGGGACGCAUGGGAGAUGCUUGGGAUGUGGCUAAUGCCACGGUGUUUCUCGCUUCGGAUGAGGCACGGUAUAUCACGGGACAGGAGUUGGUGGUGGAUGGAGGAAUUACUUCUUCUACAGGGAGGCUACCCAUAGAUGAUAUUUAG